AUGCUUUAUAUACGAGCAGGCUACAUCAAGGAGAAGUUCAACUCUUCUGUAUAUAACGAUCCACUAGAGGCUAUGGGAAAUAUUUUCGGGAAGGGAGUGACAAAAGAUGACGACGUGAUUGUGUUGCUUGGGCCUACCGGGGCGGGAAAGAGUACAUUUCUUAACUCCGCAUUGGGAGAAGACGUCGCUCGCGUAGGGACAACUCUGAGCAGUUGCACAAGCGAGGUUCAAAUCGUGAAAUGCCCUAUUCCUGGUGCUCGUCGGCAGGUCGCCCUUGUCGAUACGCCCGCGUUCAAUCAUGGCAACGUCAAGAUUGCCGACAUUGAGAAGAUGAUCAAGAAGGGCCUGAAGGAGAUGUAUAAACGCCAAAUCAAAGUUGCAGGAAUAUUGUACGUCCAUCGCAUUACCGACGUACGGAUGACAGAGAAUCCGAUUCGGCACCUCGACACCUUCCAUGAACUUUGCGGCGGCAACCAGCCUGCACAUAAGGUUAUCCUCACAACGACUAUGUGGGCGAAUAUAGAUGAAGAAACGGGUGGAAAGAGGGAGCGAGAAUUGAAGGAUGGCUGUUGGAAGCCAAUGGCCUCGCAAGGUUCUCGAGUCAUGCGCUAUCACGAUACGUCUGAAUCCGCCAGGGAUAUAAUACGUACCCUCGUUGGAUAG